GUGAACUGCCAAUGGUUUACCGACCCCGGAUGUCAACUUUUCAUUCUCUCACUUCGGUACAGAAAUACCUCGGCUCCAGAAGAAGACAUUCUACUUCCGCAUUUCCACCAAUUGGUUUCCCUCAGUCCUAACACAUCCUGCAUCUCACGUUGCGUUCGAUUUCACAGUUCACCGCAUUUAAUUAAUGUCGAGGAACGAAUUCGUAUAAACGGGAGCCCAAUCGAUCGAGUUCUGUUCGCUGAUCUGUUCUGGUCCGUGUAUGACCAAAUCACCAACUACACGGUUAGUGUGUACUCUUGUGCACUUGUUUGCAGAAGUGCAACAAAUGUUAUGUUAUAUUACCUGCUUUUUAUCGUGGUCGAAAGCAGAAGGCUGAUACCCUUGAGGUUCUCACCUAAAGUCUUUGGCUUUAAAGCCAGAUCUGUAAGGUGGCAGGACGGAGCUCAGAAUUCGCUAUCCAUUUGGAGACUGAUGUUCAUCCCUCUGAACGGGAUCAUACGUUCAAGGUACCAAACAGCAUUACUGAAAGGCGUUGAGUUUGGAUUGUGCGUCUCUUCUUUAGUUUAG